AAGAGGAGGAAACAGAAAGAAUGAGAGAGAGAGAGAUGAGGUCCUGUGCCCAGGGUCACACAGCUAGGGAGGGACGGAGCUGUGGUUCAAAGCCAGAUCCACACUGGGCUAUAAAGACAGGAUGGGAGCUAGCCACUGUGGGGGAGACCAGAGCCACUGAGGAUUGAGGGAGUCGUAGCCGAGUCUAGUGGUCUCCUGUGGGUCCCCACGCCCUGAGAGUUAGGGAUCAGGCUCCUCUUGGGGCACAUAACUGUGCAGGGGGAGGGAAAGGGGAAGUCAAGCUGAGCUCCAGGCCCAGCACUACCCCUAAUGAGCUGUAAUGGCUUUUCGGAGCCUCAAUUUCCUCCUCUGUAAAAUGGGACUAAUUCUGCCUUCCUGCUAUCAGGAUUAGAGAUGUUGCUUGAAAAAGGCCUUUUCUCUCCUCCCACACCUUCUACCAUUCCUGUGUGCCUCCUUCCUUCGCCCAACCCCUUAAGAGGUGGGCCCAGCCUGGGCGGGGCAGGGCCACCAGAAGCACUUAAUUAAAGGCAGAAAAACAGAAGUGACAGGGUUUCCCAAGUCCUAGAAGACACAAUUCCCCCCACUUCCUCUCCACGUGCCGUCACUGCCUGAACCAGCCUGCCUGGAUCCGCUGCUGUUCAGAGAACAUGAGGACCCCCUGGGAGACAGCAGAGCCCCUCAUCAGGACCGGGUGGAGAUUCUGGUCCCAGGGGCUCUGCAAGGCCCUUGCCCCGCUGCAAGCUGCCUGGAUUGCCUUCUCCCAGCCUGUCCCAAGCAGCUGUGGCCAGCUGCUCACCCAGCUCCUCCUGUGCGGUUGCCUGGCCAUUGCCGCCACAGGUCUGACCUACCAAUGGCUGGCAUCCUUGCUGCUUUAUCCUCUAGGACCCUCAGCCAUGGUGGCCACUGUCUGUGGCCUCCUGGUCUUCCUGGGCCUGAGCCUGGUGCCUCCUGCCCGCUGCGUGUUUGCACUCAGUGUGCCCACCCUGGGCACAGAGCAGGGCCGUAGCCUACUCCUCUCCUGGAGUACCGCCACCCUGGCCAUUGCUGUGGUGCCCAACGUCUUGGCCAACAUGCACGCAGCUGGGCAGGUGCUGAGGUGUGUCACUGAGGGCUCUCUGGAGAGUCUGCUCAACACCACUCACCAGCUGCAUGCAGCAUCCCAGGCUCUGCGCCCUGCUGGCCAAGUGGGCAGCCAAGGCCUGACACUCCAGGCCCAAGGCAAUGGCUCUGCCUUCAGGCUCCACAUGCUCAAGGUCACUCAGCAGGUCCUGGAUGACUUCUCUGGCCUGGAGUCCUUGGUCCGUGUGGCAGCGCUGGGGACCCAGCGGGCGGUCACGGGGCUCUUUACGCUGGGUCUCCUGGUGGACUCGGCCUGGUACCUCCACCGCUACCUGACCAACCUGCAGUUUGAUAACGUCUAUGCUACCCGGCAGCUGGCUCAGCAACUGGCAGAGGUCGGGGCCACACACUUGGUGGCCUCCCCGCCAGCCUGGCUGCUCUGGGCGACCCGGCCGAGGCUGUCCCAGAGGGAGCUGCUGAAUUGUCCCCUAAAGCUGGGGAUGCUCACCCUGCUUCUGAUGGCCACAGCUGUGACAGUGGCCAUGGACCAUGCCGCUUUUCUCCUGGCACAGGCAGCUGUGGACUGGGCUCAGAAGCUGCCCACCGUGCCCAUCACACUCACCAUCAAGUAUGACGCUGCAUACACUGUCCUGGGCUAUCCCUUCCUCUUCAACCAGCUGCCUCCAGAGAGCCCCUUCCUCUCUUCCCACCACUCCUUCCAGUGGGAGCUGCGCUUCACCGCCCCCGGCUGCCCGCUGCUGCCCGCCCAGCGCCCACAUACAGCUGCCCCACUGGCUGCUGGCGCCCUGCAGCUUGUGGCUUGCUCCACGGUCCUCCUGGAGACCUAUGCCCGCCGCCUGCGGCACAGCAUCGCUGCCUCCUUCUUCAAGACCCAGGAGGCAAGGAGGGUCCGCCACCUUCAGGCCAGGCUCCAGCGAAGAUACAACAGGCACCAAGCCCAGCAGCUGGCCAGGGGAACUCCAUUGACCUUGACACCCAGCAAGCAGCCGGCAUGGCUAGACAGGCCCCUAGACACCUGGCAAAGAGAGAGCAGUGGGGCCGAGGGGAAAGAGCUUUGGAGUUGCCCAGCCCUGAGUUGUAACCUUGGCCCUUCUGCUCUUUCUCUGUGUGACCUCUCUGAGCCUCUGUUUCUACAUCUGCAUAACAACUGCGUAAUAACUACUGAUGAGACUUUCCACGCAGCAAUGUGAUAGGACGGGAUGUGAUGUUGGACAUCAAAGUCUUUGAUAAACAGAAUCAAGCUAUGCAAAGUGAAGACAAAGUUCCUCCGGCCCGUGGGGGAUGGGCAGGGUGGGGGCUUUGUCCAAGCUCCCAUCUGCAUCUACUGCUUUACCUGGCAGAUGGCGACUUUGCACCCUGACAAUAUUGAAAUUGGACUUAUUUAUGUCUCCCUGAAUCCUCUGAACCUAUUUAUAGUAAUUAAAAUUUUCUUGGAGUUCCCAU